CGUUACCGCCCGCCUGCGGGAAGGGCGGGGGAGGCGGGAGGCGCGCGCUCGCGAACUACGUGCUCGCGUACGUCGCCGGGGUUCGGCUGCGUCGGUCUUGCCGUCCACCCGUUGCCGCCGUCGCCGCUGCCGUCGCCGCGCUCUCGCUUCGCCGGCCACCGCCUAAGGGGGUUGGGGCUGGGCCAAGCUACCGCCGCAGUUGCUGCGAUGCCGAGGGUGUACAUUGGCCGCCUGAGCUACCAGGCCCGGGAGCGCGAUGUGGAGCGCUUCUUUAAGGGCUACGGGAAGAUCCUGGAGGUGGAUCUGAAGAACGGAUACGGGUUUGUGGAGUUUGAUGAUCUGCGUGAUGCAGAUGAUGCUGUUUAUGAACUAAAUGGCAAAGACCUUUGUGGUGAGCGAGUAAUUGUUGAGCAUGCCCGCGGCCCACGUCGAGACGGCAGUUACGGUUCUGGACGCAGUGGAUAUGGUUAUAGAAGAAGUGGCCGAGAUAAGUACGGCCCUCCCACCCGCACAGAAUACAGACUGAUUGUGGAGAAUCUGUCAAGUCGGUGCAGCUGGCAAGACCUAAAGGAUUACAUGCGUCAGGCAGGAGAAGUGACGUAUGCAGACGCUCACAAGGGCCGCAAAAACGAAGGAGUGAUUGAGUUUGUAUCUUACUCCGAUAUGAAAAGAGCUUUGGAAAAAUUGGAUGGAACUGAAGUCAAUGGCAGGAAAAUCAGAUUAGUUGAAGACAAGCCUGGUUCCAGAAGGCGCCGGUCCUACUCCAGGAGCCGGAGUCACUCCAGGUCCCGCUCUCGUAGCAGACAUUCUCGUAAGAGCAGAAGCCGAAGUGGCAGCAGCAAAAGCAGUCAUUCUAAGAGUCGAUCUCGGUCCAGGUCGGGCUCCCAUUCCCGGAGCAAGAGCCGCAGCCGCAGCAAGAGUCGAAGCCGCAGCAAGAAAGAGAAAAGCCGCAGCCCCAGCAAGGAUGACAAGAGUCGCAGCCGCAGCCGCAGUGUGGACAAGCGCCGCAGCAAGAGUAAAGACCAAGUUGAAGAGAAGGUUCAGAACAACAAUAACACAGGGAAGUCCAAGAGCAGGAGUCCCAGUCGACAUAAAAGCAAAAGUAAAAGCAGGAGUAGGAGUCAGGAGAGGCGAGUGGAGGAGGAGAAGCGGGGCAGCAGGAGCAGGAGCAAGAGCAAGAGCAAGAGCAAGGAGAAGAGCCGGAGUCAGGAGAAAGGCCUCCGCAAGAGCAGGAGCAGGAGCAAGGGAGGCAGCCGGAGCCGCAGCCGGAGUCGCAGCAAAAGCAAGGACAAGCGGAAGGGGAGGAAGAGGAGCCGGGAGGAGAGCCGCAGCCGCAGUCGGAGCCGCAGCCGCAGCAAGAGCAAGAGGAGCAGAAAACACAGCAGCAAGCGAGACAGCAAGUCGGGCAGCAGCGAGAAGAAGAAGAAGGAAGACGCCGACCACUCCCAGUCCAGGUCGAGGUCCCGCUCGGGGUCAAAGGAGCGGGACCGCGCCAAGCCCGAGUCCAGCCAGAGGGAAGGCCGAGGGGAGAGCGAGGAUACUGGCGCCAAUCAGGAGACCCGGUCCCGGUCAAGGUCCAACUCUAAAUCCAAACCAAACCCUCCAUCAGAAUCACGCUCCAGAUCAAAGUCGGCUUCAAAAACCCAGUCUCGGUCCAAGUCUAGGUCCAGGUCUGCAUCCAGAUCGCCUUCCCAGUCUAGAUCUCGGUCCCACUCGAGGUCCUAACUGGCUCCGACCACAGCUGGAACUACCCAAGAAGUUUUGUACAUGUUCGGUAGCUGUAGCACAAGUGGUUGAAGUAGAACAUACGUCACUGCUGUACAUUUUUAACUCCCCUAAUGGUGUGUCUACAGUUGUUAAAUCUAAGUGCUUCCUCUCUGUAAAGCCUCCCGGCACCAGGCCUUCCUGCUCGACUGAAAACAAUCUUCUCUUUGAAAACCCCCCUUCCUCAUGGCCCACAGUAGAAUAUCCAAAACGCCUUGGCUUUCAGGCCUGGCCUUUCUUACAGGGAGCUCAGUACCUGGAUGGGUUUAAGGCUGGAAUGAUGACAUAGGUAGGUAUGGUGAGUUCAACCAUUUUUGCCCCUGAAUUGAUGCCCUUUGAUGUAUGCCAUUUAGUGAAAGUGCUAAGUCUUAAGUUUCCUACCACUUUGGUUUCAUAUUUUUGGACUUAACAAAGUUGUGAAUAGCACAGUCAAGGAAAAUUGAUACCUGCAGUAACCCAUAGGAAAUAAACUAUAGAGUUCCAUAUUCUGGUAUUGUGAUUAUAUUGUUUUAUAUUAAAAAAAGAAAAGAAAAGAAUUUUUUUUUAUUUUAUUUUUCCCCGUCUUGCAAAGUAUAGUGACCCCUGUUUCCAUUAAAUUUGAAUAAAGACUAUUUUUGCUUGACAAAAUUUCAUGGUUCUUGAAUCAAAGUUGCAUUUCCUGAUCUCUCUUGAUAAUUCUUUUCUUAGCAUAAAAAGUUCAAUGUAUAAUGACUCUGGUUUCUGGAGAUCAUGGCUAAGGAGCCAACAUUUUUCCUACAGGAUUUUUCUCGCCCAGCAGUGUAAAAGAAUUUAGUUUCUUGGGAAUUUACAGCCCUUCCUCUCUGCAGAACCUAGGAUUUGGCCCUGACCGUUGGGGCCCGGCCAGGUGUCAUACUGCAAAGUGAACAGUUAUCAGUUCAGUUCCUAGUUGGGGCACGUGCCUGGGUUGCAGGUCCAUCCCUGAAUGGAACACAUGCGAGAAGUGUCCAGUCAGUGAUUUUCUCCCUCUCUCUCUUCCUUCCCCUCUAAAAACAGUAAAAUCUUUUAAAAAAUUUUUUUAGGGUUUGAACUGGGGUUUAAGCAGGGUUUCCACAGAACUGAAUCUACUUUCCUUAAGCAAAGCUGUCUAAGUGGCUGCAGGACAGCGUCGCCAGCCCACCGCCGUGUGGGGGGUAUUGAGACGGCCCCGUCGUCGGGGGGAGACACAAAGGCCUGUGUGGGGCGCCCGCUCGUGCAGGCCCAGGUCGUCGUUCCACAUUCCAGGUCCCAAGGAAUGAGGAGAAGAAAAAUGGUGCGUGUUGGGGUUUAUAGUGGGAAGCAGCACUUUAAUGCAUUUAUAGGGAAUUUUCCAAAAAGGAAUCAGCCAAAGAAAUACAACAGCCCACUACCAUUAGCCUCUGGAUGCUCAAAAUCCACACAUACCUUUCUUUCCUACUUAACCUUUCUUCCCCUCUCCCUCCCCAAAAAAGAGUGGAAGGCAAAAACGGAUAAAAAACAAGGGUAGUGGUAGAAAGUAGUAACAAAUAUAGUAGAUAUUAAACUAUCAGUAAUCACUUGGAAUGUCGAUUACGUGAAUAAAAGACUCAUCAGCCCUGGGCUGGUUUUGCUGUAUCCGAUAAACUGAAAAGUCGCAGUUUAAGCAGUUUGAUUCCUGGUCAGGGCACGUGGGAGAGGCAACCGAUCAAUGUUUCUGUUCUCUCCUCCUUCCCCUCUCUCAAAAAAAAAAAAAAAGACUUCUAGUGGAAUUUAAAAAAGAGCCAUCUCUAUGUCGUUCAAAGACACCUAUUUUAAAUAUAGAGACACAUUAAAAGUAAAGGGAUAGAGAAAGGCCGUGGUAACGCCUAUUGAAGAGGCACAGGGGGCUGGGUGGGUGAAUGAUGGAAGGAGACCCGGGUGGCGCACAGUACAGUGUUCAGUCGGUAUCGGUGACUGGCAGGUUCAUCAGGCAGAAAGCCGUACGGACAGGUGAACUGAAGAGUGCCAUCAAUGAGCUUCAUCUACAUGACACAACAGCAGCAGACACAUUCUCAAGUUCACAUGGAACGUUCAAAAUAGACCACAUUCUGGUCCAUAAAACCCAUUAAGAAAUUUAAAUGCCAAGUAUGCUCAGACCACAGUAGAAUUAAAACUAGAACAGAAAGAGCUAGAAAGUUCCAAGACGGUUGGAUAUUAGACACGUAUCUAAAUAAUGUGUGUCAAAGUCCUGAGAAAUAUUUUGAGCAAAUAAGAACAGCUUACCAAAAUUUGUGAGAUGUCGCAAAAGCAGUCUUGGAAGUUUCUAACAUUAAAUGCUCCUAUUGGAAAAACAAGAAAAAGGGACUUCCGCCAAGAUGGAGGCGUAGGUGGACCCACCUUGCUUCUGUGCACAAACAAAUCUAAGAACAACUAUUUUUAACAACGAUAAACACAACCAGACCACACAGAACAUCGACAAUAUGGAGUCCGAAAAAAAGGACGAAAUGCUUGGCUAAACUGGUAAGGGGGCGAAGCCAGCAGCAAAGCCGGUUUACCAAAAAGAUCCCUGACCUGGUGGCACGCAAGCAGCCGAAGGCGCGGAUCGGAUCGCGGGCUAGCUACGGGCGCACACAGGGAAGAGGCACAGCUGGCUGGCUGCGGUAGGUCGCGCAUCUGUGUGCAGAUAAACCAGUGAAGAGGCGAGCAUUGAGACCCCACUGCACGGGGCAGCAGGCUCGCACAAUUCUGAUCAGAUAAACAGGCCAGGGUGAGUGGUGGGACGGGACAAACUGGGCGAGCGGAGAGGACCGCCAUUGCUCCCUCUUUGACCACGCCCCCACACACAGCGUCACAAACCAGCAACCUGGGUGGCCCCACCCUGGUAAAUAACUAAGGCUUCGCUCCUCUUACUUACCAGCGCAAACAGACCAAAAAUGGCUCAAGAACAACUCAGAGCCCCAGAGCCGAUAAAUAACUCAGAGCCCCAGAGCCGAUAAAUCUAAGCCAUGAGGAAAUAGCCAAACUUUCAGAUGCACAGUUCAAAACACUGGUGAUCAGGACGCUCACAGAACUGGUUGAUUUUAGUCACAAAUUAGAGGAACAUAUGAAAGCUAAACUAAUUGAAAUGAAUGGUAAUGCAAAGGAUACCAAUAGUAAUGGAAAGGAGUCUGGGACUCAAAUCAAUGGAGUGGGCCAGAAGAAAGCAAAUAUUGGCCAAACAGAAAAGAAUGAAGAAACAAGAAUUCAAAACAAUGAGGAGAGGCUUAGGAACCUCCAGGACAUCUUUAAAUGUUCCAACAUUCAAAUUAUAGGGGUACCAGAAGGGGAAGAGUCACAAGUGGAAACCUUAUUUGAACAAAUAAUAA